AUGUCGAAGAGCAAUAGCAAGAGCCCGUCGCCGCCUCCUGUGGACGACAUAGACGAGGACCCAUUCUCACACUUCCUAUCACCCGUACUCGACGAAGACGACCCCUUUGACGGCCUCGACUACAAUGCCGGCAUCGACACNCCCUUCGACGAGGAAGUAGAGCACAAGCGAACAAAUUUCCGCGUCAGGUUGGAAGAGAAAUGGGGGAACUUCUUGUCGUCACGCCGCUCGCCGCCACCGCAAAAGUCACAACAGGCACCGAGGACACCGCCGUCAGAAGACCAACUGCCCGAACUCAUCAUCGACGACCUUGAAGGCUUUGGCUCACCAUCCUCGUCACCACCUACUCGCCUGCCUUCNCUGACAACACUCAAAGACAUCAUCCACGAAGAAGAUGAGGAGGCAGAUGGUUGGGAGGCAGAUCGUCGACGCAGCCGUGUCCUGCGCCGCAAGAACAACUUUCACCUCGAUGAAAUGGAUAGACCUGUCACCGCACCCUCACCACGAACCCACCGUCCGAAACUUCAACGACCUAGGUUCAAGAGACUCAGGACCUUGAGUGGAAGACCUCAUUCCUUUGUGGCACCCAGUCCUCACCUCUGGACUGUGAGUGAGCACGAUGAAAUCUUGGAGCAACUGCGCAAUGAGAUGAGGGGAAGAAGAUCUAGUCGAUGA